AUGGGUGCAGCUCAGUGCUUUCAAUUGCCAUAUACGGUCUACUCCAGUCUUCUUGCUGCUCCUGUUGCUGUUACUGUUGCUGCUGUUGUUACAUGGCCUUCCAGGGACACCGGUGUCCUCCUCCUCGUGUUCUGGCACCGAAAAUGUGCUGCAUAUCAAACUCACUCGGAUUUCAAAUCAGGUUACGAAUUCACAAUCACACGGGUCAGACAAACACAGUCGCCAAGGUCCCAAGCNGGACUUUUCCCGAUGACAGCGAAGCACGGCCAAGACUUUUCUCCGACUCAAUCUCGAUCAGGAAAUAAACCCGUUACACAAUAUUGGGCUGCGAAAACCUGGCUUUGGUUGAAACAACCAAACACUAACAAAGCAGAACUGUCUACUAAAUAA